CAUAGUGAAGUCACAUCCUCCUCUAUAUAAACAAAAAAACACACACUAGUUUAUUCCAGCUAGCCAUACACACUACAGUUCCUCAUUGACCGAAUAUAUAACCAUUUGUUAGUCCAUUUUUUUUUCCAUGUAAACGAGGAAAUAUGGCUUGGAAGUUCUCUAGCUCUGCUGUAUUUAUUGAUGUUGAAAGCUAAGCCGCUCUCUUCUGUCGUAUUAGGUUGAAGAAGGUUGAAGAUAUCACUUUAAUGUUUUAUUUUUUUGAACGUGUCCUCAGUUCGAUGUGUCUUGCGUUUCGCUGCUUAUGUGUUUACAAGUCAAGCAGUCUUCAGUUUUAUUAUAAUGAGCUUUUGUGGCACAUCAGCGUGGAUUGCUAACUAAACCAUUAGCCACCCUGUUACAGUAUUUAUCUGUCAGUACAGUCACUCUGGAAAUCUGAAGUCCCGUCAACAAAUACACCAAGAGUCAAGAGUCUUUUUCUACAAACCCAUACAAUCAUGACUGCCAUGCGAGUGGAUGCUAAGGUGGUCAUGCUUGGUAAGGAGAGUGUGGGUAAAACCAGUCUGGUGGAGAGAUACGUACAUCGCCGGUUUCUUGUGGGACCAUAUCAAAAUACUAUAGGGGCUGCAUUUGUUGCGAAAGCCCUCAACGUUGGUGACAAGGUGGUUACUCUGGGAAUAUGGGACACUGCUGGAUCUGAACGCUAUGAAGCUAUGAGCAGAAUCUAUUACAGAGGAGCCCGUGCUGCCAUUGUCUGCUAUGUUUUUAACAUUCACACAGACUUGACAGACAGCAGCAGUUUUGAAAGGGCCAGGUUCUGGGUGAAGGAGUUACAGAACUGUGAAGAGCACUGCAAGAUAUAUUUGUGUGGCACCAAGAGUGACCUCAUUGAGGCCGAUCGGAGUGUGCGGCAAGUAGACUACCAUGAUGUUCAAGACUUUGCAGAUGAAAUAGGUGCACAACAUUUCGAGACCUCCAGCAAAACAGGAAAAAAUGUUGAUGAGGUGUUUCAGAAAGUGGCUGAAGAUUUCAGUAGCUGUGCUUUAGAGUUCAUGCAAGAGGAGAAGGGGGUGGAUCUUGGGCAAAAGAAGGACUCUUAUUUUGACAACUGCUGCCAUAACUGACCUAUCACAGGAAAAACUGCUGUAUCAUAUGGUCUAUUUUGGGAUGACUGGAGGCUCACCAUCUUUUAUACUCCUCAAAGCAUCAGCUGGAGUUUUUUGCUCUUUCCUUUUUUUUUUUUCUGAUGUGCUGUAUGUAGAUUGGAUUUUUGAAAAAGAAGAUGAAAGAUUCCACUUUUUCCUGUGUUCAAGCAGUGAACUUUUUUUUUCAUUUGUCAGGAACAUUUUUUGGACCUGAGAAUGUUGACUCAAGCAGAUAUUAACAGUGCAUGGCAAUCCGUUUUACCAAAAAGAAAAGCUUUAGGGACAGAUGCCAUUGCAUGGAGGUGAUAAUUUAAAGUGUCUCCAUUUUAUAGAUCUUUUGAGGAUUGUAAUGUUUACACCCUUCAUUUAUCACGCACUGCACUCAUGUAUGAACAAUUUAGUUUCUUAUGUCCACACUAAACUGGAGCCAUUUAAGUUGAAGUUUUCUCAGAUCAAACAUUUUUUUUUUUUCUCAUAAUGAUAAAGGUUUAGUUGUUAAUGGGGUGGAAAAUUACAUAGUAAAAGGCAGUUUUCAAUGAUAAUGUUCUUGAAAUGUAAUGAAGCUGAAAAGCUGAUGUCAAAAUCUCAAUGGCUGAUAACCAUACUUACUUAAGUCAUUAUGAUAACAAAGGUUGACUUUGAUAUCUGGAAGUAUCAACUCCACAACAAGAAGUUAGUUUGCAGUGUUUGAUAAUGGAGCCCAUAAAAUAGCUUCCUGUAUCGUGUUUGUCUAUUAUUUGCAGUUGACUGUGUGACAGGUCUUUACCGUGUUCCAAAAGCGAGUCAGUGUGCAGCAUUUGAUGAAUGUGAUGUUAAUGUUUACAAUGUUCUUUUUAUUAUUUAAUUUUACUUCAAUGCAAUUUGGAUAAGAUAUUGUAAACUGGGACACUAACUUGUCGUGAACAUGUUUGUGCGUACUUUGUACAUACAGCCUUGGUUCGCUCUCAGUUCAUAUUGUGCCUGUAUUAAAUACUGCUCAACGAGGCCUGAAGCUAAAAAUAUGGUUCUUGUGAAA